AUGUUUGUCCUCAGAAACGUUGGCAAACUUAUCUUUGGAUCUAGCAACCAAGAAUCUCUCAUCGAGCUCCCCCAAGGGCAACUCUACCUCGUUCGCCCCCUCUCGCCAAAGGGCUACUCCGAACUCAUCUUCAAGGACGCAGCUGCCCGCAUCCGACGAACUGCGCAGGAUUUCCAAUACCAGCUCGUGGUACAGAGAGUCUACGAGGAAGGCGAGGCCGAACUUCUAGCCGAGGAGGAAGGAGAGGACGCCGAGAUCGACGCACUUGCCGCCGCCGAAAGAGACGAAAAGACCUUCCUGCUUGACGAGGCCCUCUACUUCCGCAUCGAGAUUCGGGAAGGCAAGGAGAAGAUUCUGGCCUGGAGAGACCUGAGUGGUGAUACUGGUGACGUCUACGAGUUCGUCUGCGACAACGUUGUGUCUCCUGGUCAAGUCGCGCAAUUCGAGCGAGUCGCCAAGGAGUGCCAGUACGAGCGCAAAUACCGCAAGCCGCAUACAACAGCAUCCGAAGUCGACCUGAAGCAAUUCGAAUUUGAGGACGAGCAGCCGAUUCCUCCCGCAAGUCCCAUCCACAGCCCUACUCUCGUCAGAUCAAUCGAGUCUGCCGACAGUCUGUUUGUGCCGCAAGACCCGAUCACACCCACAAAGAAGGAAGAGCAUUCACUUGUCCAGACCCCUACGAAGACGCCGGCGAAGAUGCCUAUCACACCGGAGAAGAAAUCCAAGCCGACUGGCCCUCCGAAGUCAGCGGAGGCCCCAGAGGCUCUCGACACGUACGCUACAGAGAGCUGUGAGCUUCACUUCUACGAUCAUCCCUCUGGCUCCUUUAUCCAGCAAGCUGCCGCUGUCACUGCCACCGUCACCGAAGUUGGAAAGUGGGAGUACUGGCUGCAAAUCGAAAGCGAGGACCGUGCUUGGUUGGGCAUCCCGAUUAUCGCAGAUAUCAACCCUGUCUUCAACUUUGAGUUCUUGUCCUUCAUCUUCAACCACUUCUCUGCCGAUGGCUCAGCAUACUCUUGGCUGCUCCGUUUCAAGGACCAGCCGACUUUGGAACGUUUCCAAGAAGCUCUUCUCCGAGCUUUGUGGGAGCAGCUGAACGAGGUCAAGUGGGAAAAGAAGACGGACAGAGAGCAGGAGUACAUUACCUCCGCUUUCAAUGAUUUGGUUAUGGAGGAUACACCCGAAGAGCAGGAGGAGGAGGAGGAAGAGGAAGAGGAGUACGAAGAUGCAGAGGAUGAUGCGCAGCGUAGCGAGCAUUACGACAGCGACGAGGAGGAUGACGAUGUUGAGACCAAGGACGAAGAUGGCAACGUUAACUCUCAGCUUGCUGUUGGCUACAAGCAUGAUCGGUCCUUCGUCGUGCGCGGAUCCAAGAUCGGCGUCUUCAAGCACACGGCGAAUAACAAUCUCGAGUUCUCCACCAACAUUUCCAAGGUCGAGACUCCCAAGGGCACACUGUUCAGCCCCAAGAAGGUCAUGCUUCACAACGAGGAUCGCAACAUGAUUCUUCAGAACGAGUCGGAUCCCAAUAAGCUGUAUCGUAUGGAUCUCGAGUACGGCAAGGUCGUUGACGAGUGGAAUGUUCAUGAGGACAUCCCUGUUCUCAACUUUGCUCCCGAGAAUAAGUUUGCCCAGAUGACUCACGAGCCGACCUUCCUUGGUAUCUCGAAGAAUGCCCUCUACCGCGUCGACCCCCGUUUGUCCGGCACCAAGCUGGUUGAUUCUCAGCUGAAGCAGUACGUUUCCAAGAACGACUUCUCGGCUAUCUCUACUACGGAGAAGGGAUACAUCGCCGUCGCUUCCAACAAGGGCGAUGUACGCCUCUUCGAUCGCCUAGGAAUCAACGCCAAAACCCACAUCCCCGCUCUCGGUGAAGCCAUUCUCGGUCUCGACACAUCCGCCGACGGUCGCUGGGUCCUCGCCACCUGCCGAACGUACAUCCUGCUCAUCGACGCGAUGCAAAAGUCUGGCAAGAACGAGGGCAAGCUUGGUUUCGAAAAGUCUUUCGCGGCUUCCGACAAGCCUCAACCUCGCCGCCUGGCUCUGACACCCGAGCACGUUGCCCAGUUCGCCCACGAGACCGGCAAGCCUGUGUCAUUCACGCCUGCGCGCUUCAACGCCGGCGAGGGCGUCGAAGAGACGAGCAUCAUCACCGCCACCGGUCCGUACAUUGUGGAGUGGAGCCUGAAGAAGGUCCUGCGCGGAGCCAAGGCCGCCUACCGCAUCAAGCGCUACGCCGAAGAGGUCAAGGCUGACGACUUCAAGUUCGGAACGGACAAGAACGUCAUCGUCGCCCUCCCCAACGAGGUCAACAUGGUCGGCAAGCAGGGUCUCAAGCGCCCUACUCGCGAGAGCAUCGCCGGCAACUUUGCACAGCUCAGCAUGGGCCGCAGGGAUUCUGGACAGAUCACGACGCCCAAGAGCGGUCGGUACAAGUUGGGCAAGGAGGAUAUCGUCGCGUCGCCGUACUGA